UGUUUGACAAAUUUUCACUUGAUAUAAAUGUCAAAAUUUACACAUACACACUCGAGCAUGGAGAACCAGUCAUAGGAAAAUUCUCCUAAGCUUCACCCCUUACCUCAAGGCCCCCUUUACCGUCGCGGCCCAUAGCCAAAUGUCGCGACCCCCUCUUUCCUGUCUGGGUGUUUAUGUAGCUUUGAUGGACAUAACCUCUAAUAUUUGUGUAAAUAACUAUACGAAGUAGUGAUGUGGUUUUCAAAGAGAUGUUCCUGUAAUAAUGAACAAAUAUCAUUUUAGUAAUUUUAAGUAAAUUAUUUAACUAUGGCCGUUAGCAGUUGGAUGAUUAGACAUCAAAACAGAUAUAAUAGGUCAGCGAGGCAUAAUAAACAGGAAGAUGUGCUGGCACAGUUACAAAGUUUAGGUCCUCAAGGAAGUUACAAGAAAUUGUUGGACAAAAUAUGUGAUCAAAAUGCAAAAGAAGAGGUACUUUUCAAUUACCUCAAUGCAUUUGUCAAACUUACAUUAAAACAUGGGGACGACUUUGGAUACAGCAUUGAAGAAAUCUUAACAUGUCUUAGAAUUCCUCUGACUCACAAUUCAGCACAAAUAAGAAUGGCUGGUCUAAGAUGUAUACGACAUAUGCUUAAAACUGAGAAUGAUGUUGUACAGUUAAAUAAAUUAUUAAUACCUUAUUUAUUAACAAGGUCACUUGAUCUAAUUUUAAGAAAUGAUAUAGAAAGAAUAGAGGCCAUGAAGUUAAUAAGAAAAAUGUUGAUAAUAUCACCAUCAACGUUUGACAUUUCAUUAGCAAGAUGCCUAGUUUCUUUAGCAUAUGAAGGUGCAGAAGCAAAAGACAGAAUGCUUCGGGUAUGUUUGGCCACUCUGUCAGAAUUGGGUGUAUUAAAUUCUAAACUUUUUAUUGCAUCAGGAGGAGUCACAGCAAUAUCUAGAAAUCUUUUAGAAUGUCAAAGCCCCAAAAUUGCAGAAUCACUUUGUGGGGUUCUUUUACUACUUUUAGACAAACCCUCAACUAGGAACCAUGCAGCUGUAGACUUGCAUAGUGCAGCUGCUCCUUUUUGCGAUUUUCACUAUAAACAUGGAGCCAAAGACAAAAAUAAAAGAGAUGAAAGAGAAUUGAGAUUAAAUUGUGCAAGAUUGUCAUUAUUAACAAUUUUAAGAAGUUGGCCUGGUAUUUUACAUUUUUGUAGCCCACUUGACAGGGGUGGUUUUAGAGCAAUUGUGGAAGUAUUGUACUUACAACAACUCGAAGUUAGAAAAUCAGUAUUAGAUCUCCUGUAUGAACUCUUGGGACUGUCUCAACCAGAAUGGUCCGACGAAUUAUCUGUAGCCUUGAGUGCAGUUGAUCCAUGUGAACCUCAAGCCUCUUGGAGGUUGGGCGAAGGUUUUGUUGUAGCAGAAGCACGAUCUGUUUUGCCGCAUCUGGCGAAAACUACUCCGAGUCCUACUGACAUGCAUCUCUCUCUUCUUUUAUACUGUUUUUUGGAAAACGGUCUUUUGGCAGCCUUAACUGAAGUAAUUGCCACUAGCGAUACUUUUAUAUGCGUUAGAGCUUCUAUUUUACUAGGUGAACUUUUAAGACUUAUUCAAGUAUUACUACCUCCUGGAUGUUGUAAUGUAUCGCCAUCUCUUCCAGCUUUACUAGAUUAUGCAACCAAGAGCAAACCUCAAGCUAUAGCUGCCAUUACAGCCCUUGAACAACUCCAUAUGUUAAUGAAAAGAAGACCAGCCUCUUAUAGUCUUCAUUUAGACUACAUAAUAAGAAAUAGUGUUCAUAAAAGAAAUGAACACAAACAUGUCAAACAUUCCAAACGCAGACAUGGCAGCAGUUUUCAAAGGAAACUUCAUCAGUUGGUUUUAAAAGAUGGUGAUGAUCCAGUUAAAGAAACUGGUGUUUUAACAAGUAAUGAUGCGUACACUUGGGAUUGGAAUUUGAUUAAUAUUAUUCUUAAGGGUGAAAAUAACGCAAGAAUAGAUCUGAACGACCUCGCUCAUCGAACAUUCAUCAAAAAGCUAUUAGAAUUCUACAUGCCUUCUAAAAACAAAUACUCACACAUGGACUUGGGCACCACCAAAUCUUCAAUUAUUUAUACUACAGCUGGCAUAGAACUUAUCAACUUCUUGGUAGAUCAAAGAGACACUGAUUAUAACGGAUUAAAACCUCUCAAUAUGAUUGAUGACCUGUUUAAAGAUAUUUUGAACAAUAUUAAUAAAAUUACUACGAGCAGGAGUGUUCAUGAUUGCUUGUUCAGUCCAGCUCAUAUGUUGAGUACGCAGUGUCAGAGCUAUUUUUUGUUUAUCGGACAAUUUGCUAGGACAGAAAUAGGUAUUAAAGCGUUGGAAAAGAUCAACAUGUUUAAGAACUUGAAAGAACUAGCAACAACCACAAAUCACGAUUAUUAUGUCAAGCUAAUAAUCUCCUCUUUGGAAUACAUUUUUCCUGGUCCAUCCCGCGAAAUUCUAGAAGCAGUUUUAUCAUGUAACCAAGAAAGUUCCCGUCUAUAUGCCACACAAUUCUUGCACGUACUCCUACGAGCUGGCAAUCCCUUGUUUUCCUCAUGGGCAAUUCAGUUAUUGGUUAAUCAACUUUAUGACAAAUCGAGAGCGAUCUACUCAUCAGCUUUGGCUACAUUGCACGAAGCUUGUGAACUGUCAGAGUGUUUAGAGGCUUUGAUAGAGAUCAAUCCUAAUUUGGAAAGUCUGGGGGAAAAAGGAACCAUACUCUCUGUGCGGUUUUUAUCUCUGGAGAGCGGAUUUAAAAAAGUUGGUAAAGAGAAAGUUGGACUAGAAAUUAAGAAAUGGGAUGAGACAUUUUGUAGCAGGUAUGUAAAACUGAUUGAAGGAGACAUUUGUGAUGCGCUGACAUUACAUCAACGCAAUGACAGUGGUAAAUAUGACAAGAGAUCUAGUUCUUUAAGAAACACAAAUAGAAAAGACGUUUUUCUGUCGCCACACUUAUAUGGGCAGCUAGUUCAGCAUGUACAGGGCUUUGAAUCGCUUAUAAGUCAAGGAAAAACUAAUAAAAUGCUAGAAACCAUCAAUCAGGCGAAAUGUAGCACCGACGAAGAAAUUUUACAUUUGAAAGCCGCCAUUUGGGCUUUGGGCCACAUGGGUACGUCAAAUAGAGGAUUUGACUAUUUAACGAACUUUGGAAUAGUUGAAAUCAUCAUAGGAUUUGCAAAAUAUUCACCUGUGUAUUCAAUUCGAGCUACAGCUUUUUACGUUUUAGGACUUCUAGGAACCACUCCGGCAGGAGCAGAUGAUUUGAGUCGAAAAGGUUGGUUAUGUACGAGACAUGAUAGGCACGACAACUGGCCUAUUAUCCACGAAGAAAUGGAAGACUGGUUUUAUGGUAGAAAUCCCAGUGUGUCGACGUCUGAAGAUAUAAUUUCUUGGAAUAGCCCAUUAAUGAGAGAGAAUGAUUUUAUUCCAGAAGAUGAAGAUUGUCCUGAAGAGCGGCAGGAUUUUUUAAGGUCUCCUACUUCAUCAGAAGGUAGAAGGGUGAGACAGUCCACUCUACCAGCUAGCAGAAGACCACCAUUUAUGUUCCAUAAAAGAUCACUGUCGGAAUCGAAGACAUUUGAAACCAACAAUGGUUUUUUCGAUGACAUUCGCCCUCCGUCUGUACCAUUGACUACAACCCAUAGAUACAGAAAUAGUUCCAUGACAGAUUCGAAUACUUCCGGUGUAAGUUCCUGUGAUUCCUUAGCCAACAAAGCUGCAACCCAUGUUAAUUAUGUCAAGACUUUAAGCACUAUUCCUAGUUCCUCUAGUUUAAUUACUUUACAAAUACCUCCUCAGUUCAAAAGAGUAUCUCACAGGAUAUCAUCCACGAGUACUACAAAUUCUGAUGUAUCUACUUCAUCAUUAACUGGAAGCACGUCAAAUCAAUUGAGUGUACAAAAUCUUAUUGGUUAUAAAACUCUUAAAAUGUUGAGAUUGAUGGAUGGAAUGAAUUUGGAGAAAUGGAACUUCGAUGAUUAUUAUUGGUAUAAUUCAACAUCACAUCCAAGGCCCGACAGUUCCUUAAUAGACGAUUUCAAUCUCUUCGACUCUAGUUUCACAUCGGGUUUCAGCUUCCCAAAGUUCGAUAUCGAUGCACCGCCAUUUCAGGACGAUAAGCGGUAUAUGGGCAUCUGUCUCCCGAAAGUUCUUAUGGAAAUAUUUCCUGCACACGAGGAAACAAGAGAUCCAAAAUUUCUUCCAGAUAGUAUAGCCAAAAACCCAAUUGAUACGUCGAGGUGGAAGCAUUCUAGGAAACAUUGUUUCGUUUGUAGUCAAAUCGAGCAAAGUCAGAUUGUUGAGUAUAUUGAUGAUCCUGUAAAAGUAGAGAUACUCGAAAACGUCGAACGCUUGGCCAAUCCAAUUUCAAACAAAUACAUCAAAUCCCAUUUGAUACGUUACAAACAGCGUGAACCUGAUGCAUUCAAAGACAUUUGCGUCUACUCGGAAGUAUGUAAAAUUGUUUCGGAAAGUAUCUACAGAUCGCCCACACGGAGAGUUUUGCACGAAUUGUUUUUGGACGUCGAUUUUCUACUUUUAUAUAGAAGGCCACAAAGUAUACUGGAAUUCCAAAGAAAUGGAGAAAGUAGUCCUCAAGAAAAUAGUGAUAAAUCGGUGAGUUCCGAUAAUAGAAGUAGUUCAAGUGCAGCUACUAGUCCAACUGAACCUUUGAAAACUUUGGAUUCGCUCAGACUUACUUUCAAUGAGAACAAGUUUCCUAUAAGAAAUAAAAAAGAGUGAAUUAAAAAAAGUAUUUAUCGGAUAUUUAAUGUUUUUUUUUUAUAUUGUUUUUUUGAAAGUGUUCAGAAUAUUUUUUUAAGAUAACAGUUCCCAUGAAUGAUAU